AUGCGAGGACUCAGAGCUCCCAAUGCGCUCCUCAGAGGCGCCAAUGGCAUUCUACCAGCUUCUCAAAGCAGCGCAAUCCAGGCACCGCUCGCAGCUCGCCUGAUGGUAUCCUCAACUCUCCGCCCGCAAAACAACACCACCGCCGCGACGAUUCGUCCCUUCUCCCACUCAACAACCCUCCAAAAGAAGAAGAAGAGCGAGCCCAAAUACCCAACAGCCGACUCCCCCGCCGUCGUCUCCCGCACCUCCCACACCGCAGACGAAGCCGACACAGACGACCUCCCGGGCUCAAAGCACCCGAAACCAGACCCAACCGACCCCCUCAACUUCGCCGACGUCGCCUCCCGCUUCGCCUCCCUCUCCUCCCACCACACCGAGAUCCUCAAAAAACUCCAAUCCGGCGACCGCUUCUCGCCCGACGCCAUCGGCGCCCUCGCCAUCCAGCCCGACCGCAAGGACCCGACGACCUACCCCCUCCGCGAGCUCGCCGAGAUCGUGCCCCGCCCCGGGGGGCGCACCGUCAGCCUCCUGCUGCACGACAAGGACUACGUCAAGCCCGUCAUGGCCGCCGUCCAGGCCUCGCCCGACUUCAACCAGCAGCCGCAGCGCGACCCGGACAACGAGCUCGAGCUCGUGCUCAAGGUCGAGGCGACAAACAAGGAGGUCGUUGUGCGGCGGGCAAAGGACGCCGCCCAGGCGUGGCGGGACAAGAUGCGCGUCGCGACGGAGAAGAGGAAGAAGCUGCACGCAAAGUGGGAGAAGGAGAAGAGCAUCGUGCCGGAUCUCAAGAGGCGGGCGGACAAGGAGCUGCAAAAGGUGCAGGAUAAGGAGAUGAAGGUUGUCGAUGCUGCUGAGCAGCAGGCUGUCAGGAAGUUGCAAGCUUAA